GAAGAAGAAGGGCUUCAAACAACAACACAGAAAACGCUAAUCAGUGUACUGAGUCCUUAACGGACUAUUUACAAGAAAAGGAAAAUGGGAAACAACCAAGGAAACAACUUGGUAAACGACUUGCCAUUUAGGGAUGAAAAUGAGGACUAUGGUGACGAUAAACCAGAAACUGACUCCGAAAACUCCGAGGCAGAAAAGGAGACGGGGGACGAAAACUGGCCGGAGGAGAAAAUCCUGGCGAGAUCCGCGAAGAGGAAGAAGAGGAAGGAGGCGAUGGAGAAAACCGUGAAGGCGAAGAAGAGCAGCCAGCAGAAGUUAGCCCCCCAAAAGAAGGAGGAGGGAGAGUGUAAAGACUGUAAACCCCAGAGGAGGAGGGGGAAGGAGAAGAAGAAGACGGUCCAGGGCGGGCUGCAGCCGGGCCGGCCGGUCGACCUGCAGGAGCUGCUGAGCCGACACUUGCAGGACCAGAGGUCAGUCCUGGAGGUGCAGCAGCUGGAACAGCUGGAACAGCUGCAGCUGCAGGAUUCCUGCUUCCUCUCCAGCAACGACCUGACGACCAGCCUGUCCUCCUACCUGCAGCGGAUUUGUCCCAGAUGGGCAAAGAUCCAGAAGCAGCACAGGGAGCAGAGCUCGGUGGUGGUGCUGAUCGUCUGCAGCUCGGCGCUGCGGGCCGUGGAGCUCACCAAGCAGCUGACGGCGUUCCGGGCCGGAGCCAGGGUGCUGAAGCUGCUGGAGAAACACACCAAGGUGGAGCAGCAGGUGAAGCUGCUGCAGAAAGACGUGGUCCACAUCGGCGUGGGAACCCCGGGGAGGAUCGGAGCUCUGGUUCACGCAGACGAGCUGAGCCUGCGGGCCCUGAAGUUCCUGGUCCUGGACUGGAACUGGAGGGACCACAAGCUGCAGAGGAUGGUGGACAUUCCUGAGAUCAGACUGGACUUUCUGAAGCUGCUGGACGCAGGAAUCCUGGCCGUGUGUCGAGAAGAAAGAGUCAAGAUAGGACUGUUUUAAUACCGAAGAGAAACACACACACUGCACCGCGGCCGAGUGGGAUUGAUUGAUUUGAUUGAUUGAAUAAACCUGUUACCUAUCCACUUCGUGCCUUGUGGCACAUAAGUACGGUGGCCGAGACCCGCCAUUGCUGAAAAUAAAAGUAACGCUGCAAACAGAAACAAACGCCGCUGCAAAUUAAAGAAACGCAGC